AUGCUCAAACCAAAUCCCGGAAGAAGUGUGGCGGCUUGGAAUCUAGCCGGAUACCUACCGAACGGCGGAGACGGAGACUCCGGUUUACUAGGAGGUGGUUCGGGGACGGUGAGGGGUUGUGCCUCUUCUUUUCUCCGCCGGAGGACGGUGAAGAGUGGUCUCUCUUUUACCUUUUCCCAUCUUAGAAUUCAAGAGAGUAGUGAAGGGCUGAUGGACUAUCCACCGGUUGGUCCCAACGUACCUGGUGGGCCACGUUAUUCACGUCCUCCGCAUUCUCCACAUUAUUCCCGAGACGAGAUUCAAGAGACUAGUGAAGGGCUGAUGGACUAUCCACCUGUUGGUCCCAACGUACCUAGUGGGCCACGUUAUUCACGUCCUCCGCAUUCUCCACAUUAUUCCCGAGACGAGAUUCAAGAGACUAGUGAAGGGCUGAUGGACUAUCCACCUGUUGGUCCCAACGUACCUGGUGGGCCACGUUAUUCACGUCCUCCGCAUUCUCCACAUUAUUCCCGAGACCAGAUUCAAGAGACUAGUGAAGGGCUGAUGGACUAUCCACCUGUUGGUCCCAACGUACCUGGUGGGCCACGUUAUUCACGUCCUCUGCAUUCUCGUAAACUUAUAUCUUAA